AUGGGGGAAACACCUACAGAACCAGCUCCCGCCUACGAAGACCUAUUCCACGAGCGUGGUUCCAGCUCACAUGGCUAUGCCAUGGUUGAUCAAACAGAUGACGAUGAGCACCGAGACGUGGAACAGGGUCACGUUCACGGCGUCCCCGGAGUGACGGUGACGGCUGAUGCAUCAGAGCCUCAACACACUCACUGUGCAGAAUGUGAUCGACAGCGGGAACGCAGAGAAAAUCGGGAGAGUGGACAGAGAGCAUGUGCUAUGGUUGCGAAGACUUUUAUCUUGAUUUCUUUGUUUUUGAUGAUAUUGGGGAUUGUGGGUGUUCAGGCUUGGAAGGAGGUUCGGAUGAAGAAGUUACAUGGUUAG